AUGUCCACCGAGCCAGUGCCCGCGGGUCAGAUCGAGCAUGAGUUCACCCAGACACGCCGUUCGCGCUGGUCCUUUUUCAGGUCUAUCCCGUUCCAGAUCGCAGUCGCGAGUGGUGUCUCAUUCACCGCGCCUGGUAUGUGGGAUGCGCUGAACAAUGUUGGUGCCGGUGGUGCUGCUGAGCCGUAUGCCGUGUCCGCAGCGAAUGCACUUGUCUACGGUCUUUUCGCGGUUGUCUGUGUUGCUGCUGGUGCGAUUAACAAUCGCAUUGGUCUUCGCUAUGGUCUUGUUAUUGGUGCUAUUGGAUACCCUAUCUACGGUGCUGGUCUCUAUACCAACAACUACCACCCUACCACUUGGUUCAUGCUCUUUGGUAGUGCGCUUUGUGGUAUUUCUGCUGGAUUCUUCUGGGCUGCUGAAGCUGCCAUUAUCAUUGGAUAUCCCAGUCCUAGCGAGCGCGCUUUCUACCUCGCUAUCUGGCAAACCGCCAAAGCAGCCGGCCCAAUCGUCGGCGGCGCCAUCAGUCUAGGCCUCAACGCCAAGACCGAUGGCAAAGGCAUAGUCAGCGCCUCGACCUACAUCGUCUUCAUCGUGAUCAUGUGCCUGGGCCUACCAAUCGCCCUCCUCCUAAGCCCAGCCGAGAAAGUUCAACGCAAAGACCGCUCCGCAGUUCUAGUGCACAAGCAAGAAACCUGGGCCAAGGAGUUCAAAGCAGCCGUCAAGCUUAUCGCAACCCGCCGUGUUCUCCUCCUUCUACCUUCCUUCUUUAUCAGCUACUUCUACAACGGCUUCCUCUCAACCUGGCUGACAGACUACUUCACCGUGCGGUCCCGCGCUUUCUCCUCCUUCUUCACCAACUUUGCCGGAAUCGCCUCCUCUUUCAUCCUUGCUGGCCUCCUAGACCGCCAAUCUAUCUUCAUCAAGACCCGUGCGAAGAUCGCUUUCGCUUCUAUCGUGGUCAUCUUGACUGGAACCUGGAUCUGGGCUACUAUCCUCCAGAAGCAAUUCUACGAUAUGCCCGAACCACCCCUGUUCGACUGGUUCACCGGUGGUUUCGGUAAAUCCUACGCCCUGGUCUUCUUCUGGACAUUCGGUGGUCAGGCCUUCCAGCAAUUCCUCUACUGGCUCAUCGGCCAGUACAGCACAGAUCUGUCCUCGCUCUCUUACCACUGCGGUAUCCUGCGUGGAUUUGAGGCACUCGGUCAGACCGUUGCGUGGGCUAUGCAGUCACAGGGUAAUGCCAACCACUUUGUCAGCAUUGGGCUUAACUUUGGUAUUACCCUGUUGGCAUUUGUUCCAACAUGGAUUGUCCUUAAUGAGUUGGAACAUAGUCAUGAGGUGCAGGUUCCUGUUGAGGAGCAGACUGAGACCACGAAGACGGCUGAUGAUUCUUCGGCUUGA